UCGUCACGAGCACCAAAUCACUCGCUUGAUCUCUCUCAUGUGUCCCGGGACGCACUUGUCGAUUCCAUUACGAGGCUUCUUCUAAUCCAACCCUCAUCAUACCACGCUGCUGGGGUCGCUACGUCGCGAGCUCGCCUGUUUCACAACCCCCGGGCCACGCCAUGGCUGCCGCUGCUGCUAAUCUGGAGGAUGUGCCCAACGAUGUGCUCUUCCAUGAGCUUCUGCGCCGCAUGAAGUGUGCCCCCAAACAGGAGAAGCGCCUCAUCCUUGUUGGGCCUCCGGGAUGUGGGAAGGGAACCCAAUCGCCCAUUCUCAAGGAGGAGCACUGCCUGUGCCAUUUGGCCACGGGCGACAUGCUGCGCGCAGCGGUAGCUAAGCAGACGCCUUUAGGGUUACAAGCCAAGGCUGCUAUGGACCAGGGCGCGCUGGUUUCCGAUGACUUAGUGGUAGGAAUUAUCGAGGAGGCUUUGAAACGGCCGUCAUGUUCAAAGGGUUUUAUUCUUGAUGGCUUCCCCCGCACUGUUGUCCAAGCACAGAAGUUGGAUGCCGCUCUUGAGAAGCAAGGCGUAAAGGUUGACAAGGUUCUGAACUUUGAGAUUGAAGAUUCUGUCCUUGAAGAGCGUAUUACUGGGCGGUGGAUUCACCCCGCUAGUGGCCGAUCUUAUCACUCCAAGUUUGCACCCCCGAAGGUGCCUGGCCGUGAUGACAUUACUGGAGAGCCUUUGUUGCAGCGCAAGGAUGACACUGUGGAAGUGCUUAAGAAGAGGCUAUCGUCGUUCCACGAACAGACCACACCCGUCAUUGAGUACUACCUGAAAAAGGGUGUCGUGAGGAACAUUGAAGCUGCGAAGCCAGCUAAUGUCGUCACUCAGGAGAUUCAGAAAGCCAUCUCCUGAGUACUCUCUUUCUGAUGUACCACUCUGCCUACUUGUGCCAGCUUAGUAAUUUUUGGGCGGCUCGAACACAUUGUUGGAGUGGAGGUUGUUUCUUCCCCUUGUCCGGACGUGCAUCUUAGUUGGCAACGUGGAACAUUUGACUAUCGUUUCUGGUCUUGUGAUGAAAACAGAAGAGUCAAUUUUAUACUUUUAGAACUACGGGGGAUUUAGAAUAGUCAGUAGGUUGUGCAUAGACUCUCACGGAGAUUCCCAUGUAAGGGUCUUUUUAUGCAUAUAAAGCCUGAGCGGAAGUGUUUCGUUUCAAUACAGCCGCUCCUGGUGAUUGAUACCAAGGAAACCACUCGCAAUUCUUCACGAACUGUUGAAUGAAUUGGUUAAACAUUGCUCGCGUCUUUAUCAACUGUAUUUUAUCAGUCAACUCUUCUACAAGGGGAGUUGCGUUCAUUACAGGUAGUUCACUGUUUUCUCAUGUUAGAAAGUGUGGGCUGCUAGAAAUCAUGGUCAAGAUCCUAGCUCUAUUUGGCUUCCGAGUCAAUCCUUGUAAUCCUUGAGAAGCAGCACUCAAAUGUGCUGGUCCUCACUUUGGUAAGACAUUGCAUCCUCUUUUCAUCAA